AUGUAUUAUUAAUGUUCAAAAUGUAGAGAAUUGGUUGUGGAUUAAUAGCCUUGUAAAUGUGAUAAGAAAUGGAUAAUUUUGAUUUUUUUUGUCAUUGUAAAGAUAUCAUUUAUAGCAUUUUGCUAUAAUUUGGUAAUACGUAAUAAUGUCUAUGGAAUAUUUACAUUUUCUAUCUUUGUUUUAGGCUUAAUAGCUUUGAUAAUAAGUUUCUUCUAUUGUAGAAGCAAUUAAAAUGAUAGAAUCCCUUUAAAUAUGACAUUACUUUAAGGAUAAUAUGUAAUUUAUUGAAUUCAAUUUUAGAAUCCUGUAUUGGUACAAUAAAAUCCACAUGUAUAUAUUAAUUAAUUUAAUAUUCCUUAACCAAACCUAUAAUAGGUAGGAUAUUAUUAGUAUCAAAAUUAAAACAUUGUUAGUUAAAAUAAUUAAGUCUAAAUUCCUAUUAAAUAAAAUUCAUGA